AUGAAUUGUAUGAUUAGGCUUUCUAUUUUAACUCAUUCAUUAUUGUUAUCCAUUGAUGAUGAUGAUGAUGAUGAUGAUGAUGAUGAUGAUGAUGAUGAUGAUGAUGAUGAUGAUGAUGAUGAUGAUGAUGAUGAUGAUGAUGAUGAUGAUGAUGAUGAUGAUGAUGAUGAUGAUGAUGAUGAUGAUGAUGAUGAUAAAGAUUAA